AUGGCUACUGACUCAGACGAAGAAUAUCGGCGUCAAACUGUUUCACAUUUAUCAAAUAAUGAUGAUGAUAGGACGUACGGAUCUACCUUCGUUUUAGGAAAACUCAAAACACUGGAUGCUGAAAAUGGACAAACUAAUCCUCGUCGCGUCUUAUACCAAAACAUGGAGAACUGUCUCGUUGUUUGGCUUUUCUCCUCAAAAGACGAGCGAUAUAUGAUUCAACACAAAAAACCUGACCUCCAGCAUAUCAUCCAUACAGUACAAAUAUUUACAGAUACUUCAGCUUGCCUUGAAUAUCUGAAUACUGUUAGUGAUGAAAUCGUGUUUUUUAUUGUUAGCAGCAAAUGCGAUGAAGAAAUUCUUACUGCAACACAUGGUUUAACACAAAUUGACUCAAUUUACGUGUUUGACACAUCAAACGAAUUUCGAGCAGAAUUGAUAACUAAUUAUUGGAAAGUAAAAGGUAUAUUUUCUGAGAUAAGUUCUCUUAUUAAUCAAUUGAAAAAAGAUGUACGACAAUGUGAAAAUAAUUUUACUGGAUCUGUUUUUAUCACAAGUUCAACUUCGUCAACAGCAAGUAACAAGCAAAAUCCCAAUGUUAUGUACACUCAAUUAUUUCAACAGAUUCUUUUACGAAUGACAGAUAAUGGUCUAAAUGAAAUGAUUGAAUAUUGCCGAGAGAAAUACAAAGAUAAUCCUGUCAUACUUGAAGAAAUUUUAACGAUAGAACAGCAAUAUACGGAUAAAUCAUCUAUUUGGUGGUACACAAAAGAGAGUUUCCUGUAUCGAAUGCUCAAUAAAGCUCUACGCAUACAAGACAUAGAUACAAUAUAUGCAAUACGUACAUAUAUUCGACAUCUACACGAACAACUUGUUCAACUCUAUUCGAAAUCGGAUUCUUGUUCUACAACGACUCUCUACCGAGGCCAACUAAUGACGAACAGUGACUUCGAAGAAUUAAAACAAAAUCAAGGAGGUUUACUGUUUUUCAGUAAUUUUCUUUCAUUCAGUGAAAAUCUAAAUGUUACAAAAACAUUUGCAGAUAAUAAUAGUAAUGAUCCAACAAAAACUGGAGUCAUAUUCGUGCUUCAAGCUAACCAUACACCAACGAACAAUGUUACAUUUGCCGAUAUUCAUCAAUAUAGUUGUUUCGAAGACGAAAAGGAAUGGCUCUUUUCAAUUGGUUCUAUUUUUCGUAUAGGUUGGAGAAUGAAACUUAAUAAUGAUGGUAUAUGGUAUGUUAAACUUAACUUAACAAAUGAAAGAAAUCCACAGUCACUCAGUCUCGCUCGACACAUCAGUAGUUUCAUAAAAUCACAAAAUCUACUAAUUGAAUUAGGUAAAUUAAUGUGGGAAAUGGGUGAAUACGAACAAACCGAAAAAUUCUAUCGAAAGGCGCUGGAAACGGAAGAUGAUUGGAGAUGUCGUUCGGGAAUACUGAAUCGUUUAGGAAUGAUAUACUGGAAAAAGAAUGAAAUCGAACAGGCACUUCACUUCUAUCAACAAGCACUCACUACCGAUCGACAACAUCUUCCAGAGAACGAUCCUUCUAUGAGUUCAAUCUAUAACAAUCUUGGAUUAUUAUAUCUCAAUCAAGGUAAAUUAAACGAAGCUAGAGAGAAUUUCCAACAUGCUUGUCAGCUGGACUUAAACUCGAUCAAACCUAAAAAGGAAUGGCUCGGUAGUUAUUAUAAUAAUAUGGCCAGUGUAUUUGCUGCUGAGGAAAAUCAUUCAAAAGCAUUAUUUUAUCAUAAUAAAGCAUUCAAAAUUAGACGUGAAGUUUUACCAUCGAAACAUCCUUUAAUUGCUUUAUCUCAUAACAAUAUUGCUAUUAGUCUUAUGCGUUUAAAUCGUUUAUCAGAAGCAUAUGAGCACUGCCGAAUAGCUGUUAACAUCGCUUCACAAUCGCUUCCAGCUAUGCAUGAAGAUACGAUAUUGUAUCAGGAAAAUCUUGAUUUUAUUCGUCAAUCCAUGCAAUUAAAAAUUUAA